AUGUAUAUAACAAAUGGUGAUCAAUAUAACAUAGAAAUAAAACAAUUAGCUAAUGAAAAAUAUAUUGAAUCAUGCUUAUAUACGAUAAAGACGGUAAAAAAAGAGAAGUUUGCGCUGAAAGAUAAGUAUCUUGAGAAACGAAACGACGUUGCUCGUAAUGCAUUAAAAGCAGAAACUGUUCAAGAAGGUGCUAAUAUAAUGAAAAAUGAUUUUCCAUGGGAGUAUAUAGUGCAUGGCGAUAAAAUGAGAGGUAAUGUUGAAUAUGAACUUCGUGAAACAAAAAAGCAGCAAUUGAUUGACUAUAAGCCAAUAUAUGAUCCAAUAACAUUUAAAAUUCCAGACGAACAUAGAGAACAAAUUCAAGAAUGGAUAGAUAAUAACUUUCGAAAACGUAUUAAUGGUGAGAUAUCUAGAUCCAGAUGUUUAUUUAUGGUUGGACCAACACAACACGAAAUUCAUUGUCUUGAAAUUACUCAUGAAGAAUUUCAUUCAGUUGAAUAUAUUGAUACACAAUUUUUCCAUUUAAAUAUUCUAACAGUUAAUAAUAUUGUUAUUCAGGCAAUAUUGUAA